CACAGGAGCAAGCCCCAAAGAAGGUCUCCAAAUUUAUGGACGGCGCAGCGAGAGCUGAGCCGGCUGGGGCAGUAACAAUGCCCACGACCGAGGCAAGCCUGCCUCGUGAAGACGCCGGAAAGGCCGUGAAACCAGCAUCCUUUAGGGACGCACUGUGUGAGGUGAAGCUGGGUAUAGUCCCCGAGAACUAUCCGGCUACGGUCUGGUCGACGGACGAACUGAGGGCCAUUCAGAAUGCCAUCCUUAGGGCGAUAAGAGGCAACAAAGAUAGCGCUAUAAAGCCUAUUUUUGAUGGCUGCACUUUUCGUCCGGGAUGGUUAUCCAUUAUCUGCAGGGACGCAGUAACUGCGGAGUGGAUAAGGGCUACAGUUCCGAAGAUUGCCCCCUGGAAAGGGGCAAAGAUGAAGGUGGUAGCGGAUAGAGAAACGCCUCGCCCCAUAAUUUUGGUGGGAUUCUUCCCGGAGCUGGAUAGCUCCAGGAAUGAGGACGCGCUACUACUUCUUCAGGGGCAGAAUGAAGGCCUCAAAAUAAUGGACUGGCGAGU